UCUGUUGCAGUGAUGUCACAAAGAUACUUGGCCAGGCAUCAUCCCAUUGGCUGAGCUUACAGUUAACUGGCUAGGUGGGCUGGAAUUUGUUCCAGUUUGAAUUCAGUUGGUGUUUGGCUGCUGCUGCUGUCCUCUUGCCUGGAUUUACUUUUACAAUUUAUCUGCUAUCAGAGGAAAUUCGGGGAGCCUUUUCACAUAUUACCAGGAUUGUUGUAUCCUACAAGCAUUGGCAUCCAGAUUAUCCCAUGGAUCCGGAAACACUCUUGCAGUGCCCCUAUGACAAGAACCACCAGAUCAGAGCCUCCAGGUUCCCUUAUCAUUUGGUGAAAUGCAAAAAGAACAACCAAAAGAUUGCCAAACAACUAGCAACGUGCCCCUACAAUGCCCGUCACAGAAUUCCUAAGGACGAGUUCAACUUUCACAUUGAAAUCUGCGAAAGUAAAAUUUCCCUUGAAGUGAAUAAAGCUGCCGUAAAGAAUGGAAGCAAAGAAAAGACAGCCUCGAAAUGCCCCUCUCCACAGGAAGACUGGGAAGAUGAUGCUGACAAAACUCCUACCCGUCCUUUUGUAUUUGGUGCCAGCAUUUCAGAGAAUGGCAUCUAGAAUCCAGACCUUUUUUUCCCAAUGGUUCCUCUGAAGAUCAUACAAAAAAGGACCAUACAAAGUUAUUUUAAAAUAACCGCAAUACAUAUUCUUUAAAACUAUUAACUAAACUAAACUAUUUGUUUAAACUAUUAACUUUUUUCUACGUAUGUAUAUAAUAAAAGUGUAUAUAUGUG